AUGAUUUAGUAUAGAUGGAUUUUCCGAAACUUGAUAACCCAAAUAAAUUAUCACCCCUCUUUUUUAUAUAAAACAACUACACAUAUGGUUCGUUUGGAUUUUUAUACCCUAUUAAAAAAAAAGAUACUAAAAAUUGUUCACAUUAUAAUUUUGGUAAUUACAUUAUUACCAAUUCACAUUAUAAUUUUGGUAAUUUUCGCGUUUAAGAAUAACGAAAAAUACUAUUACAUUAUACUACUGUCAAUAUUAAAAAUAAUUCUAACAAGCAACACUGUGUAAAUUAAAUUUCCCGCCACAUUUUAACCAUUUGAUAUGAAUUUUCUGGAAACUGACAUGUUCAGUCCAGUAUCUAUUUUGUGUUCAGGAAUUUGAAUGGUCCAAGUUGGUUAACAUUUUUGCUUUAGCUCGUUUUUCUUGGAUUAUUUGUCCAAUUCUCCUUAAAACGGUUUUUUUAUGAUUGGAAUCUACACAUUCUUGGCUGAAUUCAACAUUUCUUAUUAAUUUUUACAAUAACUUAUCUCCAACUGAUACUUUUACCAUUGAUAAUGUCUGAAGUUUCUAUGAACUAAGAAGUCAUUUUUGAAAGUGUUGAAGAUUUAAUAUUUGUCAUUAUGAAAAUCAGAUAAUAAAUUUCCACAAUGCGAUGUAGCAGGAGAGAAUCGCAUAUUCUACAACCUGCAAUGUUCACUAGCACUCCUAUUUCAAAAUGCCGAAAAGUAUCAGCCUUCAAUUUUUUUGAAAAUUCACCAAUAAACAGAUCAAAUCCUGAUCUACUGGCUGUUCCAAAGCAGCUUAUCAGAUAUCAAAACCAAAAAAAAGAACAAAUUACGGUUUUUAAAGUUUUGGGAAAUGAAAAAAUACCUCUAAUUAAAGGGAAGAGAGGGGCUACUUUUCAAAAAUCAGCAUUAUCUCAUCAUAUGGUUGUUAUUAGUGACUCAGAAGAAGAAGAUAAACCUGCUGAUAUAUACAGUGAAGUUACAUUAUCUCCGAAUUUGAAUUCAUUGAGCAAAAGAAAAUCAGUGAGAAUGGAUAUGGAUCAACCAAAAGAAAAUGUUAAAAAAUUCAAAAACAGAAAUACCAUUAAACCAUUGAAAGAAAAUUUGUUAGAAACUGAAAAUAAGAAAAGUCAGAAACGUAUUUCGAGAGUUGAUACGAUAAUAGAUGAAAUUAUGAAAGAACGGAAAUCAACAGUCCUUUCGCCUUCUCCAUUGGUGAAACUGAAAAGUGAAUAUAGUGUAGAUGCUAUAGUUGAAGAGCAGGGAAAGAAUAAUCUUGAAGUUCGAAGAGUCACUAGAUCAUCAGUGUUAUCAUCACAGGACUAUAAAACUCAAAAAGAAAACUCAAAAAGAUUUACUUAUGAACCAAAUAUAUUAGGAGCAGUUACUCGAACAAAAACUGUUGAGAUUACUGGAAAACUGCAGGAUAUAGGAAAUUUAAAUAAAAUAAAUAACAUCAGAAGAACUAGGGAGAGAGCACGAAGUACAAUAAAAAAAGAAAAGGAUAUUCAAUACGAAGAAGACAAUGAAUUAAAAGUAGAAGCUAAAAAAAUACUGACACCAUUAAAUUGUAUCGAUUCAGAAAAGAAGGAAAUAGUAAAGAAGAUAUCCAACUGUGAAGAUAUUUUAAAUUAUAAAAAAAAUCAGUCUCAUUCUACUCAUAUAAUAUGUUCAAGAGAUGAACAACCAUUUUAUGAAAACUUGCCUGUAUUCUAUAGCCAAGAAGAAGUAAGUGAUAAUGAAUGGAUUCAAGUGAAUGGUCAGAAUGGGGUAUUUGUUAAACAAAAUUUUCAUAUGCUUAACAUCUCCAAUGGUUUUGUAAAAAUUGAAGCAAAAUGUUCAUUACUUCUAAAUUCUGAUAGAUCUCAGAUUUUCAGUGUUGCUGAAGGAAAAGGCACAUUUGUUUAUAAUGAUAAUAUGAAAGUUAAAAUAGCACCUGGUCAGACUAUUACAAUACCUGCUGGGUUUCCUUGUCAAAUUAUUAACUCAGGUCUGAAGAAAAAUUUAAUUUUUACUUUUGUGAAGAUUUAUAGUGACUGAAGAAUAGCAUUAAAGUAUCGAUAUAUUUGAUUUUUGAAAUAAAUAGAAAAUCCAUGUACAGGAAACAAUUUAAUCUGUAUAAAAUAAACUGUGAAUUGUAUAGCAUUAACAAUAUAUAUUUAUGUAUGGAUUCAUAUUUAUGGAAUGUUGUAUAUACUUAUAGAUAUUUUUCUUAAAUGAUAAUGUGUUAUAUUUUAAAAUUUUGUAUAUUUUAAUCAUA